AUGAAGCAACUGGGAAAGACGUUGGCUUUGUGGUUGGCUAUUACGGGGACGACAGUCACCGCGGCCGCCAUACCCGCGAAGAAGCUUACCAUCACACGCACAAACCGGGAUUGCGGUGGCGCUCUCAUUUCUCCUGAGACUGAUCCCUUCGGAUUUGUCAACCUUGUAAAGCCAGCUUCAGGCAAACUCGUUGCAGCUAUUGUACUACAGGGUGCCACGCCUACCGCUACCUAUAAGGUCCGGCUGCUUCAGGUUCCGAGAUCUCCACCUUGUUAUAGUAAUGUUCCCAGCACCACAUUGGUCACAGACAGCUUAGGUUAUGGGAACACCAAUUUUCAACAGCCGCUGGACCCGACUGCAACAGCUGCGUUUGUUGAUCUGAACAACCUUGCUGAUCCCAACGAUGACUACUUCACUACUAACCCGGACAACUUUAUAAUCCGUCCACCAGCAUAG